AUGACUGGAGACACCCAGCAUGUUUACACCAUCGGCGAUACUGAGGCUGCCCCCAAAGACCCCGACAAGGACUUUGGCUUCGAAGGCUGCGGGGAGAAGGAUGGGAGGGUGCUCGGCGGGGAGGGCACGUCCCCCUUCCCUGGCCCCAAGGAGAAGGAGCCCCACAGCCAGCGGGAAGCCGUGAUCCGGCCCCAGCAAGCAGGGAAAAUCGACUUCAAAUCCCUCCAGUGCAAACCCAAAUUUGGCAAUGACAGCACUUGGGGGGAGGUUAAGGGCAGCCCCCAGUCCCCACUGGGGAAGGGCCGAGCCCGUGAGCGCAGCCGGCGCUCGGGGAAGGGCGAGCGGGGCCACCACCAGCUCUACCGGCUCAGCAUCGCCGGCACCCGGACGAACCCCACCAUCGGCAUUGCCUACCCCCAGCAGAAGGUGACCCCCCCAAAGGAGCCGGAGGUGACUCCCCCCGUGGCCGGCAGCUACCACUUCCAUGUGCCCAGCGUUCCCCAGCGCGAGGCCGAGCUCCGGCAAGAAGAGCUCAACUUUGGCCGCUGCUUCCCUGAUGCCGCCGCCGGCCGCACCUCCGCCAACUAUACCUCACAGCCCGGCCCCUCCCUCGGCCCCAAAGGGCAGCCCCCCACUGCCGGCAUACCCCUCAAGAGCCCCGGCACCCAUGGGCAGCUACAUUACUUAGAGUUUCAGGCAAACAGGACCAAGUCCUGGCCUUCCCCAGAGAAGAGCUUUGCCGGUGCUAGCUACGGGAUCACGGUGCAGAAGCCCAGCUCUUUUUCUGAGGGUGGGAAAGCCAGUGUCCACAGUCUGGGGGCUUUGCCAUGCCAGUACCCCUUCCAGCUGCUGCACGACUCGGGGAAGGAGCCGUACCACAGCGAUGCGGGGAGCCAGGAGUACCUGGAUGUGGGGCUCACCAGCAGCCAGCUGGCACACGGUGCCUUCACCUUCCACUCCUCCUCCAGAGAGUGGCAAGAGGAGACACUGAGCGGUGGCUCCUACGAGAGCGUGUCCCCCGAAGGGAGGCUGUACCUGCCCGUCCCAGUGCCGCCGCCGCCGUUCCUGCACCCGCCGCCACUGCCAGCCCCGCACCACAGCCCGCUGCCCUGCUGCAAAGGCAGGAGCGAGCAUCCUGCCGACCCCAAUGGUGCUCUCUCGUCAUCUGGUGCUAUCGACCAAAACCCAAGCACUUUCCAAGAAAACCAAGCUGUUUUUCCGUCUAGUUUACACUCGCCUAGUAUGCCAAAGCCAGUCGGUAAGAGGCAAGCCUCAGCCAAGGACAGUGUCCCCGGCCCACGGCUGCUGGUCCAGAGCAGCCCUCUGAGAAGGAACAUGCCACCAAACUCUCUGUCCCAAGUGCACUUUCAGAGCAAAGCCUAUUGCAGUUCCCCCGUGGGCAGCACCAGCGCAGGAUCCGUGCCUUUCGAGACAAGCAUUCCUACUACGGCACCCACCCACCCCAGACUUGUGCAAGCUUGGGAAGGUGCCACUAAGGCGUUUUCUCCCAUGGACCAGAAUUCAGCACCUUAUUCAAACCCUGUUGGAAGCCAGUUCUCAUUCGAGUGCCAGUCUGGCCCCGAGCAGAGGCAGCACAGGCAGAAAAAUGCCAGGGUGCCUUGGCAGCAAAUACACCUUCCUUCUGCAAUGCCCGGUGCAAACAGGCUGGAGCUGUCGAGGCAGAUCACCAGCCAGAAGCUCCACUUUCCCCUGGGCACAUCGGAAUGGCAGGGGAGUGGGAAAGCCCAGAAAGGGCCCCCCAUAAGUAACUCUCCAGGGUAUCAUGGCAAAAAGCUCUUAUCAGGAGAGAGCCUCGGGGUCCAGAGGGUAGACCCCAGUGUGACGGGCACUUUCUCUUUUGAGAGUGGGAAGGACCCGGGGUCUCCUGUCUGCGACUCAAGAAACAAAGCCGUUUUCUACAGCAUGGGUCAAGCAGGUCCUCCUCCUCCCUCAAGAAGCUCAUCAGGCUCAACACUGGUCCUGCUGCCAUCAGCCUUGGUGGCUGCCUCCCCUUGCGAGUCCCCGCUGCCGUCCCCUGUCCCCAACCCCACCUGUGGCAGCACCUGCUCAUCACUCUCCCCCAUGUCCAGCAGCCCACUCAACCCUGCCUUCGAAGACAGCCAGAUGUCUGGAGCGCUGACACCCUCGCCCUUCUUCCAGCACCCCUGCCACCCCAAGGACUCCAACAAAACAUUCCACCCCUCUGAUGUCCUGAGUCCCAACUCACUUCAUUACACCCCCUCAGACUCCAUCAAGUCCUUCCACUUCCCUCCUGAUGCCCUGAAAGAUGACAACCUCCUGAAAUGCACCCCGGCAAGCCCAUUCCACAAACCUGGUGUGGAGGUGGCCAAAGGAUGCUCAGAUGGGCUGGAUGGGGAGCAGCCUCCACCACCGUACUCCUCCCAUCACUUGCUGGCCAGUUCACUCAGCAGUGCCAGCCUGGACCAGCUGGAUGUGCUCCUGACCUGCAAACAGUGUGACCAGAACUACAGCAACCUCUCAUCCUUCCUGCAGCACCGCCAGUUCUGCGCCUCCCAUUCCACUCCCCAGGGAGAGGGCAAGGAUGCUCCCCUGGCAGCCGAGGGGCAGAAAGCACUUCCCCAAGAGCCUCCCAAGCCCUCCAGCCUGGGGCUCUCUCCAGACACCGCAGGUGCUUUGUUGACAUUAAACAAGAGCGAUGACUUCUUGCUGGACGGGGAAGGCAAAAGCGAGGGCAAGGAGGAUGCUCUGAAGGGCAGCCUCUUCAACGGCCUCACCGCCACCUCUCUGCCCCUCACCGCCUCCGACCUGGACAUUGACGACGCCAAGCUGGACAGCCUGAUCACUGAAGCCCUCAAUGGCCUGGGGUACCAGUCAGAACCCGAGAUCGACAGCAGCUUCAUAGAUGUUGCCGAUGAGGAGCUGACGGGCGUGAAGGCACCAGCAGUGGGAUGUCCCACAAACGAGGAAGCCCUGGCCUCAGAGAGCAAUCAAAGCAGGCAGCAGAUUGAGAAGGCAGCGGGACAGCCCAAGGCUGGCUAUUCUUAUGAAGAUGGACGCUCACCUGGGAACAGGGCAGAGAGGGCAGGAAAGCAGCCCCUUCACAAGGGGAGGGUGGGCACGGAGGUCUGGCAGCCCAGGAGCCGGAUCCUGGGGGCAGAAGGAGUUGAGAGGACAGCAAGGCUGCGGGCAGACAGGAAGAACAGCAUCCCACCAGCCCCCACCUCCUUCCAAGUCCACCUCCAGCCAAAAAACAUCCCAGGAAACCUCAGCCAGGAGCCUCCAGCAAAAAGUGAGGUGGGGCCGGUCGCCACCAAGAGCUCCAAGUCACGGUUCUCCAUGAAGGACAUGAAGAAGCGUAAGCCCCGAAGCGGGACAUGGAGCAAGGAGCUCAUUCACAAGAUCGUGCAGCAGAAGAAUAAGCUCCACAAACUGCAGGUGAAGAGCAGCAAAGCAGGCCCAGUUCCCUCAGGCCACUGAAGGCCAAUGCCAGCCACCAAGGAGGGCAGGUUGCGGGAGUAUGACUACGUGUCCGACUCGGAUGAGAUGGAACAGAGUCCAGCACCCGGAGGAGAGGAAACGUGGCAACGAGAUUCAUCGGGAGGAGGCAAAUACAGCUUUAGCAAGAAACGCCUGGGGAGAAGUGAGAGAAUCAAAGAGAAAGACCCAGCCUGGAACUACAGCCGGAAAAGGGGCAGUCAGAAAAGGGAAGCACAGGGGAUGGAGGGUUCAAAGACAGGAGGAUGCUGAGAAGAGGAUUGUGCUACCAUAAUCCGAAGACGGAGCAGCAGUCCAUCUACUGGUAGCAACCACAGUGGUGGUGAGCCCAGAGAGAUGGGCACCAGCUCACUCUGUGAUGAAGGGGCCAGUGAGAAGGGUGGCACCCAGAGGAGAUGGCGCUCAGGCAGCCCAGCAUGUGGGCCAGGGACUCCACUCAGCCUUCCAAGGACAGGACCCAAGAUGAGCCAGAAGAGCAAAGAGGACAUUUCCAGGUGGAGCAGGCUUGGCACAGCCAAACCUUUGCUGGCAGGCUCCAGGACACAUCUGAGUCGACCAGAUGUUGCUGUGAUGGACUGUGCAAAGGUGGAGCCAUUUUCACAGCCUCAGGAAAGGCAGCUGCCCACCAUGGCCACCCCAGGCAAGACCCAUUGGGAUUUCUGUAGUAGAGCCCAAGGAGCAGCAAAGCUCACAGGCGAGGCAGAAGAACCCACCCUGGAGGCUCAGAACUCACCCAGUCUGACCAUUGGUCAUCAGAGGCAUCCGUUCACCCCUUGUCACAAGAGAGGGCUGAAGUACCACCCAGAAGAGGUAACUGCUCCAUCCCACAGCAGCAACGAAGCAAGUUCUGGCCAUGUGAGUGCCUCUACUCGGAAGCGGAAUCAGCACUUGAAGGGACAUGGGCUCUGUGACAGCCAGAAGGACUAUCCCGCUCGCCCCCACGUAUGGGAGGGAUGCAGUGGAAUGAUGCUCAGUGCCAGCCCUGAUCCAUACAGCAGCAGUGACAAUGCAUUUUUUGAUCCCAAAGGCCUUCGUCACUACAAUGACAACCUCUUCCCAAAAGCCCCCAGCUUGGGCUCCUCACACAUGGAUGACAUGUACUUGUCAGAUGACAUCAACACUUGCUCCUUCGAGCAGAGCACUCCACUAUCUCCCCGUAUCCGCAGAAAUUCCACAGGCAAGGUGUCCUCCCCUCUCAGCUUUGAUUUCUCAAUAUUUGGAGAGCUUCUCACUGAGUUUGACCCACCGCUAUACGAGAGCGUUUCUGCCAGCAAAGAUGGAUAUGUGACAACAUUCAUCUGUCCCGGGAAUCCCCCGCAAGCCACUGCCUUUGAGCAACCAUAUCCACCCUUCAUGCCAGAGAAAGACUGGUCCCUGAUGGAGGAAGUGGCUCCGAUGUUGCCAGAGGACAUGACUCAGUUCCACAGCCUCUCGGUGGAGAAGCCACUAGCCAAGAAAUUCCCCGAGGAAGGACCUGUCCCCACCAGCCAGCUUUCCCUGCCACUGCCGGACAGGAUAAUGGAUUAUAACGUGACUUUUAUAAACAACAUAUCAGAUGAUGAGCUGGAGAUCAAGCGAUUAGUCACAGAGCUGGAAAGCCAACUGCAAACCAGCAAGUUGGGUAAUGAGGCAUCCAUCAGCCUCCAGAAACCUGAGCAGCACCUGCAAGGACAGGAGGCUGAGAGGUUCCCACCACUGCCGGCUGAGCAAGAGGCAGGCCAGGAGAAAGGACUGUUUUUGGCAGAUGAGCUGAGCAGAUCAAGCCUCUGUGGUGGGAGAGGCUGGGAGGUGAGAAAACCGGGCGUCACAACUGCCCGUGAGGACUAUGAGAGACCCAGGGAGCCCUGGCCCUGCCCAGUGGAGCUGGGCUCGCUGGAGGCCGGGAUGUGUGUUCCAGCCCCCCUCACCACAAACCAUUUCUGCUCCAAAGACAGCAGUGAGCAGCUCCAGGGAACUGCAUCUGCUGAGGAAAGAGAUCCCAGAAAGCUGGAAAAUGGGUCAUCUUCCAAAAGUCUACGAGGCUCAAGCACAACAGACCGCACAGAGGCUCCCGUUUACUCAGACCCCGUGACAAAAAGCUCUCCUAUGGUCACCGACUCCAUGUUCCCAAAGACGGUGGAGGUGGCAGAAGCAGCCAAAGAUCCUGUGCCAUCCCUGCCAUGCCAGCGCAGUGCUGAGAGCUUACCUGUGCCAGGGAAAGCAGACGCUGAUGCUGCAGAGCUGGAGAAGUUUGAUGCCCAUCUUCCAAACCGUAAACCUGAAUUUGGCUUCCAUGAGGGUCCCACCUCAGCCUUGGAUCUCGCCUUUUCACCUCACAUCAAAGAGGUCCCAGAUACAGAAGAAAGAGCCUUAAGCCCAAUUGAGUCACCCAAAAUGCUGCAAACUGCCGUGGACUUCAAAGAGGGUGGUAGCGGGUCUGUGUUGGUGGAGGAAACAGAGGAGAGGAAGAGUCCAACCCCUGGACUCAAUGACAAAGCCAGCAAGCCAAAAGUCCUGCUGUUUGAUAUGCUGAAUUUGCCCAAGGAAAGCGACCGUGACUCCCAGGAGAUGUUGGCAUCUCAGGAGACAUCUGCCAACCCUCUGCAGCAGCUCCAGCUCUUUGUUGCCCGAACGGUGAAGAACAAUGAAGAGGAGUUGCUGAUGCCAUGCUUCCCCACGCUGCUGGCUCCCAACCACCCCUCUGCCACUGCCUGCAUCCGGCCAGACCAGAAGGAGGAGAGCAGUGAUGCCUUGGAAGGGGAAAAUCGGACAUACUGCCCUGCCCAUGGGGAGGGGAUAAUCCCCAUGGGAAGCAACACAGAAAAUAUUGCUGCCCCAGGGGCAGAGGUUGUGCUUUUCUCCAGUGGUUGUGAGCAGCUGGGUGCAAUGGGCUCUUUCCAUGCAAAACAAUCCACAUCUGCGGAGCCAGAGCUGCAAAAUGAUGUAACGGAGCUGCAGCACUUAGCAAAUGAACCCGCAGAGCCGAGUGACAUUAAUAUCCCUGCAGAUGGUGUUUCCCAAGAGCAUAAUGACCUCUCGCCACUCAAAAACACGGCGGUGACCCCACUGCCAGGGCAAGGAAGGAAAGCUGAUCAGCUCAUGGAAGAGCAGGAGGAAGAUAAAAACAACACGACCUUGGCAUUUACGAAAUAUGAGCAAUCCCAUUUUAGCCAUAGUUUGCUCAAGGAAGAAACACCGGGCAGUGCAGUGGGAGAGAGGCUGGAAAGGAAUCAGGUGGGGAAGGGGCCACAGCACCUGUGCAGUGCUCCCACAAGUUCCAUCAGCCCCCCUGCUCCCUCCGAGGAGGAUCUCCACCAGAAUCACCAUGUGGUGACCGAGACAAAAGUUGGGACAGUGAAUGCAAAGGCUCCCGGAGAAGAGGAUGGCAAGUCAUCCCUCAAUGGCUGUUAUCACACAGGUGAAUCUCCAACCAGCCUGCUCUUGCCAACCCAAUUUUCUGCCCACUGCUUGGAAAGCAGUGGGGUCGAGGGAGGAGAGGUCCCCAGCUUCAUCACUCGACUCUCAGAUGAGAAGAAAUACAGCACCUCCCUGCCUAAUGCAUCAAGUUCAUUAGUCAUGAAGAGGUGUCCCCCUGAGGCCAACAGCCAUCACAUCCAUCACCACACUAUGAGUCCAGUAGAGCAAGGGACAUGGAAAAGGCCAGCCACCUUUCCUCCCUUGCUGCAUCACUGCAGGGCUGUGCCGAUGGAAGUGGGUGAGGAACAUCACCGUCACCUCCCUGAUGGUGUUUUGGGUAACUAUGGACCACCUGAAAGAGAAGGGGUGGUGAGACCCUGCACUCUAAUGCAUGGUGAUGGCCUGAUGGACUCUGCCUUGGAGAUGGAUGGUCACCAAGAACCCACGAAGGGACUGUUCCUUCCCUGUUCACCACCUUUCAACCAAAAGGAUGUUGGGAAAGAGGUACCUGAAAAUGCCAGUAUUGUGUUGUCAAAUUUUAAAGAAAACCAACCAUGCACCAUCACAGACAUGGUUGUUAAGUCCACUCCUUCAGAAACCCAAGAUCACUCAACCCAGCCCCCAGCAGAUCUUCUGCCCAUCAGAGAAAGAGAGGUCAACCUGAAUCAAGAGAAUAAGCUUGAAAGCUGCCCCGAUGAUGGAAAUAAGCAUCAAAGAGAACAAGAGACUUUGUCCAAUGGCUUUGCUGUUCAGGAAGUGACAGCUGCUGUCAGCAGAAGUUUCACAAGGGUUAAGAUCUGGUCCUGCUGAUUAAAUGGCCACGAGUUUUCAGAGGCAGCAGAAGUGAGACUUGGUCUUUCCAAAACCACAGGGAGUGAAGGAAAGAGUUUAAAAGGGGAGAAAUCCAAAAGGCAUGGGGCUGGAGAAGAUGGGUAUUGUGUGUUAAACCAAGGAGAGAACAACACACCCAACAGUACUCCAAACCCUUUCCAAAAUGAACUUCACAAAGGAAAAAAGCCAAAUGGGCUCCCAGUGACCUGUGACCUUUGUUCAGCCACUUUCCGGUCUAAGCCUGGCCUGACCAGACACAAAGCUGUCAAACACCAGGUGAAGAAUGGGAGUGUGCCACAGCCCAGCAAGACUCCCAGGUCCCCUUCAAUUCCUGCAGACAAGAUAUUGAAAGCAGCCCAAAAGGUACCCAGGAGGAGUGUGAAGGCUUCGGUCAAAGGUAAAACCUGCAGCUCACAGGUGCCGACAACCAGUGUCGAACACGUCCCCGAGAAGAUACUGCCAGACCUGGAGAAAGAGCCCAGCACACAGAUGCAAGAGGUGGUCAGCAGAGUGCUCAGUGACCUCAGCGUGAUCUCCCUUGAGAUGUCCCAGGAACUGCACUGCACACAUGUUCUGCAGAGGGAGAUGAAAGCAAAGGGACUGCACUCUGAGAUGAGGGGAUCGGGAGAGGUGGUAUCUGGGAAGCUGGACUCAGGACAGCAAGUCAGGAAGGAAGAAAAGGGCAGAAGGAGCCAAAGCAAAGAUCCUGAAGAGAACAGCAGUUCUGAGAAGCAGCUAAACAGGAAAGUGAGACGAAGGAAAGCAAAGGUGUUUCCCAGUAGAAAUGAACCCAAUGAUCCUUGUGAGCUGGAGAAGAGCAUAGGUCCUUCCCCUGGUGUCCUCAGCUCCAGUCUCCCCAGGAUCAUGGAGGACUUGCAUGAGCCAGGUGGUUGCAUCUCCACAGAGGAGCAAAACGGGACCCUGCACUCCCAAAAAGCCAAACAGUCACCUUGUGAGGCCCAGCUUGCAGAAGACCUGGGCAACAGGGUGGUGUCUUCAAAAGAGAUGGUCAGCAAGGAGUCAGCAAUGGGCACAGUCACCUACUCUGGGGAGGUGGAAGAUCCAAAUGGAGUGGAAGAUACACAGACUUGCAAAAACUGGGUUAGUGGGUUUGUGAAGCAAGUGACAAAGGGGUUGGGCAAAGUAAGCAAAGAGCAACAUCGUGGUGCUGGUGAGGCAGAGGAGAUGCAUGCUGGGACAGGACACAGCCCUGCAGUAGGCAGUGACACUGGGAACUGGAGUGGUGCCCCACAGGGUCCCACAGCUCCUGCUGAAGGGGCUCUGCCACUGGACACACAUGAUUUGGGAACGACCCAAAAGGUUCCCAGACAAGGCGCGCUGCAGACCAGCCCUCCUCCUGCAGAGCCAAAGCAAUGGGCGAAGGCAGAGGUGCCCCCAGGCAGAGAGCACUGCAUGGAGAGCGUGGCCACCUCAGACCUCCAGAGCUUUUUUGACGAUGACUCCACAUUCUCCCAGUUGUUCCCCCGGGAUGACCAGUUUGUCCGGAGGAAGUGCACACGGGUGUAUGGGAAGCGUAGCAAGAAACCCAAGCCCGUCACCGAAGUCAACCUUCAGGCAACGGGUGCCAUCAACCUCUUCACCAUCCAACUGGCUUCUGACCUCAGCGAAACCAGCUCUUUCUGUGUCACGAGGGAGGCCCCUUGUGAAUACGAGACCAUCUCUGUUGACGACGCCUUAAUGCUAAACAUGUGUCAUGGCAGCAAGGCAAAGAGCGGAGAUGCUGCUCCAAACGGAUCUAAAAGCAUUGAGCUGAGGUUGGACCACGAGGUGACUGACCAAGGGAAGGAGGACAUUGACUUAGAAGACAACAUGCUCACCUUCUUGUGCCAAAACAGCCAAGUGGACAAUGUCCCCAGCUUGAACAUCUGGGGGAGUCUGGAGAAGGAGGGAGAAAGUCUCUCUGCUGAGGACAUGUUUGAGCCUCUGAUGGACCUUGAGGACGAGCACUCACUCAGAGAAGCGAGCUCUGAGCCCCCCGACCUGGCAGAGGAGCCCUAUGAUGGUAAGGAUAAUGAGGAUUCAGACUCUCCUGAAUUUCAUACCAUCGACAUCGAGAUGCUGAAUGCCAAGCUCAAAAUGAGAGACAUGUGCUUCUUUGGCCCUUGUGAAGAUCUUCCUGGCCAUGGGGAGGACAGCACUGUGAGUUUGAAGCCAAAGUCAGGCAAGCACAGGAGCAAACUGGAAGAUGGGAAAUUGGGGAAAAACCGCGGUGAGAUAACCAUCAAGACCAAAGACAAGCAGUACAAAUGCAAAGUCUGCUUCCAGUGGUUCCUGACAUUAGGGGAGCUGGACUUCCACAAGCUCUCCCACAACCCUUCCCCUCCGCCCACCUGCUACAUGUGUGUCCAGCGCAAAUUCAGCUCCCGGGAGCAGCUGAGGGACCACCUGAAGGAGAAGCACGCCAAGAACAAAGCUGGGCUGUGGGCGUGCGGGAUGUGCCUGAAGGAGAUCUCUGACGUCUGGAUGUACAACGAGCAUCUCCGGGAACACGCCACCCAGUUUGCCCGCAAGGGGCAGGCGCAGAAGUCAGUGAUGGGCCUGCCAGCCUGCUUUGGUGAGGACAAUGCUGCCGUCACCCACUUCCUCAACACCAUCAUGUAUCGGAAGCCCAACAGGUCCUCCCGGCACGCUGACCCCAGCAGCAGGCACGCAGUCACCAGAGAGAGCAAGAGCCCCAAGGAGCUGCCUCUCGAGCAGGAGGCCAAAGCGAUGAAAGACCCCUUGGAAAGCAACGUCAAGGUGAAGCCACCUGCUCCCAGCUCCUCUAAAGCAUCCGCCAGCCCCUCUCCAGAGCACAUGGCAAAAAGCGAAGGCACCCCAAAGUCUGUCCCCAUGCACCCAGACUGCAAAGAUCCUUCCAGGGACUGCCAUCACUGUGGCAAACAGUUUCCCAAGCCCUUCAAGCUCCAGCGGCACUUGGUUGUGCACAGUUUGCAGAAGAUUUACUUGUGCCACAGGUGUCCCAUGUUCUACCAGGAAACCAAAGAGCUCCGAAACCACCUGAGCCAGGAGCAUGGUGUAGUGGAGGAGCAGGAGAUCAAGCACACCACUCUGUACACCUGUGAGCUCUGUGCCGAUGUCAUGCACGUUAUCAAGAAGUCCUUCAUCUGCAGCAUGUGCAACUACACCUUCUCCAAGAAGGAGCAGUACGACCGGCACAUGGAGAAGCACCUGGCAGGAAGCAACAAGACUUUCAAGUUCAGAGGGGUCAUGAGGCCUGGCACUGCCUCCAGGGAGGGCAGGGAGAAGGAGAAAGAGGACGGAUGUCUCCGGGAGGCCAUGCCUCCGAGCAAGAAGAGGAAGGUUGCUCACCACAGCAGCUCACUCCCAUGCAGGUCACCGGUCCACCUGCACCACACGAGUGACCUUCAGCUGGUAGAGGCUGCAAGCCCCAGUCUGCAGAAUCCCGCUGACUCCUUCCCAACAGCUCCUGGUGAUCCAGGAGCACCCCAAACCUCCGUGAAAACAGAACACCUGGUGGGUGACUUCUCCGACCUCCUGGCAGAGAUGGAGAAGUCCCCAUUUGACACCUUACCACCACCCCCCUGCCUCUCCCCAUCUCUGCCUCAAGCUGCCACAGGCAGCCCAGAGCUCAGCCACAUCACUGGCCUGGCUAUCGAGGAGCUGGAGAAAGGAGCAUUUGAUGAGAAACCACUUCCUUUCUUGGACUCACCUGAGUUUACCAUGGACCUUGCUGGGCUGGCUUGUAACCAGGCCACAGACCAAAAACUCUCUCCUCCACACCUGACCGAGAAACGCGGCUGCGCUGAUGCCCAUAAAAAAAUAGGCAACAAAGAUGAAUAUAGAGCUUAUGUCGUGGAAAAUCCCAGUACAGGCACCAAUACCAUGGAUGAGAUCCCAUUUCUCCAGCUCUCCAAGAAGGUAUCAGAGCUUCCUUCCCCUCAGGCAGAGUCUCCAACAGCCAAGGAGACCCUCAGAUGGGGCAACCUCAGUUCCAGCGAUGUCUCUGCUUGGGAAGGUACAUCUGAGGCCAUGUCUCCAGAAGCUGCCCACCACCCCCUACCCCUGAAGGACAAGUCAGCAUCACCCAUGCUCAACAGGCCCACCAAAGAUUCAGCCCCACCAAAGAAGACCACAGGUAGCCAGCCUGGCAAUGAGGCUGCUCUGGGUGUGGGCAGCCCCAGCGGCAGCACUGAGGAGGGUCAACAACCCAUCUCCGGAAGGGAUAAAUCCAUGCCUGAGGCUAAGGAUGGUAUCACUAACACCAAAGACCAAGGUGGUAACCCAGGCAAAUCCACCAGCCACCAGCCCAGAGGUGAAAUGGCCACCAACGCCACAAAGCACAGCCACGUGGAGCCAAGCAAAGCCACUGGGAAGCUUCACCCCAAAAGGAGGAAAGAACACAAAUCCUUGAGCCACCGGAGCAGCUCUGGCUCCCGGGAGAACAUGGAGGGAGAUGGGAAGAAGAAAAAAGCCCGGACACCGUGCCCAGUGAGGAGCGAGAGCACCGUCGAGCUCAAACGCACCAGCUGGAGCAACGCCGAAGCCUCCGCCCUCUCCCCGGGGAGGAGGGAGACGCACUGCAACAAACUGGUACCCAAACCCAAAACGGGCCCCCAGCUGAAGAAGAUGGUCCUGGACACUUACAACCAGAAGAAAGGAGAGCUCCGUCACGCCAACGGGGACGUGAAACGCAGGAAGGCCAUUCUGGGCAAGAGCCUCCACCAAGUGUUGGCCAAGGGGCCAUCACCGUCCCCACGCGGCACCUUGCACGGCCCGCGCGCUGCCCGCGGGGCCAAGCCGGCCGGCGCCGCCAGCUACCGCACCGCCGAGUCCCAGAACAACCUGCUCAGCCAACUCUUUGGGCAAAAAUUAACUAGCUUCAAAAUUCCUUUAAGAAGAGAUACUUCAGAAUAA